AUGUUUCCUAAAUUCUUGCUCCGGCCAUCUUUCUUCCGUGAUAAACAGCGAAGCGUGAGGUCCAGGGUGUCAUCUUCGGAAGCAGGACCCGGACAAUCUGUGAAGCCAAGUGAUGCCAAUUAUCUGGAGGGCCAUAUCUCAUGUAUCCGCUGUUCAUGCUGUGCAGCAGAUAUAUGCCUGACGUCGCAGAUAAUCAGCAAAGGGUUCACGGGUCGCUACGGCCGUGCCUAUCUUGUGUCCGGCGAGCCUUCGCUCGCCCGAAAAGCUUCACCUACUGAUACACUUUUAAACACGGUGAUACAGCAGCCCGUGCCACGGAGACUGGUCACUGGUGCGCACACAGUAGGCGACAUUAACUGUUCCGUUUGCGGAAAUGUGCUCGGCUGGAAAUAUAUCGCUGCCGAAGAAGAGUCACAACGUUACAAAAUCGGCAAGUUCAUCUUGGAGACCGAAAGGGUUAUGAUAUCUUCUUUUUGGGAAUCAUCCGACGUUGUUGAAUCAACAUUACUGCCCGCAUAUCCCGGUUCUACUGAGGUUGGACAUGGCCAACCUCCUAACAGUAUAGAAUUUGAUAGCCAGAACGAAGAUGAAUGCGAGGACUUAUUCUCUGGAAUCUGGACCCCUGGGUUGGCCGUACGCCGAAGAAAUCGCAAACUGCCUGAACGCCGAUCUUCUCUAUUCGGAAUCACAGCCCUGUGA